AUCAUCUACCAUAUUUUACUUGCACUCUAUGUUGCAUACCCCUUCGAGGUUACCACCGAUACCCGCCAGAUGCCCGCCGUUACUCCAUUUCCCCCCCUCAUCUCGUCAACACCAUGCUUCCACACACAACGUGUCCUCCGCCUGUGACACAUCGUGACGCUUUUCGUUUAACGAUUUUCAUCCGCCUUCUCUGCCGAUCUCUUCCCCUGCUCACAAUAGAGGUUCUAGAGGAAGCCCUCCUCUGCGACGGCGAGGAGUGCGUCAACCUCGAUUCUGACGAACAGAAGAAUCGCUCGGGUUGGUUCAUUGGGACCAACAACAAGCCGGUGGCGCCUCCCUCCGACACGUCUUCUAGCGACGAUGACAACAACGACGCCGACAACAGCUCCAUCCCCGACGGCGACUGUGGCAGUGACGACCCGGACGACGACGACGUCAUCUCCGAUGACGACGACCUCAUCGACGCUGCCGACGACACCGACUAAUAACUGUUGUCGUUAUGUUUUCUUCGACCCAUCGUUGGCCUUUUCACAUUGAUUUCUUCUUCUAGCUUUGGACUGCUGUCCCAUAUUUAGUCGCGACGUACCACUGGAUGAAUCUCUCCUAGGCUUUUUCUCUUGUUGCGGUUUCAUUGCCUUUUCGGUGUCUCCUAUUGUUCCUUUUUUUCAUCUUCUUCAUUUCCAUUGUGGUGCACGCCGCAUCAUGUAUCUAUGUUGGCAGACCGUUGCACGCCAGACGUACAAUAUGUGAUUGCCCGUCUUGACAGACCCUUGGGGGUGCCUGAGGUAUCUAAGCCCGUUGUCUUUGUACAAUAAGUGCUUCCUCUUCCUGUCCUACAUUCGUGCGAACACAUGAUUUGUGACCCACCCACAAUGCUUGCAUCUAACACCAGUAGCCCGUGUUGACAAACCCUUCGGCGUGCCACAGCACAUUGAUUUCUUCUUCUAUGCUUUGGACUGCUGUCCCAUAUUAAGUCGCGACGUACCACUGGAUGAAUCUUUCCUAGGCGUUUUUUCCUCUUGUGGCGGUUUCAUUGCCUUUUCGGUGUCUCCUACUUUUUCUUUUUUUCGUUUUCUUCAUUUCCAUUGUCGUGCAUGCCUAAUCAUGUAUCUACUUUGGCAGACCGUUGCAAGCCAGACGUAUAACAUGUAAUUGCCCGUGUCGACAGACCCUUGGGGGUCCCGGAGGUAUCUGAGCCCUUUGUCAUUGUCCAAUAAGUUAUUCUCUUUCUCUUCCAUUCGUGCGAACAUGAGUUGUGGCCCGCCUACAGUCAUUGCAUCUUACACCAGUUGCUCGUGUUCACAGACACGUGGUCUUGCCACAGAUAUCGUCAAUCCUUUGUGUUUGCCUGUGAUUCCAUCUGACACCAGUUGCCCGUGUUCACAGACCUUUGGGGGUGUCGGAGGUAACUAAGCCCUUUGUCUUUGUCUCUACUUGC